AUGCGCGAGCUCCAGUACCUCGUGACGUACAAUUUGGUGAACAACUUCUACUUCAACUUGGUGUCGUGGUCGCCGCUCAACAACGCCAUUGCCAUAGCCAUCGACAGCAAGACCUACUGGUGGGACGGGUCCAGCCAGGUGCGGGACAUGAACAUCCAGCGCCCAGGGUUGGCCCCGGUGUCGUGCGUGGCGUGUUCGAACGGAGACGCAGUGGCCAUUUCAUUUUCCGACGGCUUCUUCGGCGUGUACCAGAUCACCCAGAAGCGGCGCCCGGCGUCUCGCCAGUUCAGCGCGUCUGUCCAGUGCGUGGAGUGGUUCCCCGACGGCAAGCGCCUCUUCACCGGCGACCUGACGGGAGCUGUGUGCUUGCUUGCGUACGACGGCUCGGCACUCCGCAUGCUAUGCCACUUCCCCGGGUUCACGCAGCAGAUCUGCGGCUUUUCGCUCAACAGGGACUGCUCACAGGUCGCCGUGGGCGCCAACGAGAACUUGGCCAUCGUGUGGGAUAUCUCCACCGCCACAGAGCCGCGGGAAAUGUGCCGCCUCCCCCACAUGUCCGCCGUCAAGGGGAUUCUGUUCUGCCCCUGGGCCCCGAGCUUGUUGGCCACCGGCGGCGGCAGCAACGACCGCCACUUGCGCUUCUGGCACACGGGCAGCGGCGCGCUCCUCCAAGAGAUCGACACCAAGCGCCAGAUCACCUCGGUGUUCUGGAGCUCGUUCUACAAAGAGCUAUUGCUUACGUUUGGGUUUCUGGCCACCGACGACCACGUGGCCGCGGCCAUCUACAAGUACCCGGGCUCCGAAAUCACGGCUCUCGCCCAAGUGCGCGAUCCGUUGCGGGCACUCAGUGCCACAAUGGCGCCGGACCAGACAAAAGUGGCCAUUGCUGCCAACGACGGCACCGUGCGAGUUUUUGGGCUCUGGAAUGAGCGGCCCUAUGCAUUGACCGAGGCCCCGGCUUCGGUCGCAGUAGGCAGCUACGGCAGCACCGUGGUGGAGAGCUGCGAAGGCAUCGAUCUCCGGGGGCCUUCAGUGAGGUGA